AUGAUAGAGGCUAGUGUUGAUCGUACAGAUCUAGAUCUGUUUUCCUUUCCUCUUUUUCUUCUCUUUCUUCUUCCUCUUUUUCAUUUAUUCUUUUUUUUUUUCUUUUUAUUCAUCCUCCACUUCUUUUUCCUUUUUUUCUGCGUUUUCUUCCCUUCGUCCUCUUUUUCAACGUCAUCAUCAUCAUCAUCAUCAUCAUCAUCAUCAUCAUUUUUCUUCUUUUUCUGCAUCUUCUUCUUUUUCUUCUUCAAUAUCCGCUUCUUCAUCCUCUCUUGUUCUCUUUCUUGUUGUUGUUGUUGUUGUUGUUGUUGUUCUUCUUCUUCUUCUUCUUCUUCUUCUUUGUCUGCACCUGAUGGAUUUCUUUCCUGUUUUUUUUUUCUUCUUUGCUGUUGUUUUCAUUGUGGUCAUUUCUCUUUAUUCUCUGAUUUUAAUCUGAUAUCUUUUUAUUCUUCACCAUCAACUAUUUUUUGCUUGUUCGUUGAUUCUUUCUUUCUUUCUUUCUUUCUUUCUUUCUUUCUUUCUUUCUUUCCAUCUUUCUUUCUUUCUUUCUUUCCAUCUUUUUCUUUCCAUCUUUUUUUUUUCUUUCUUUCUUUCUUUUCUUUUUCUUUUCUUUCUUUCUUUCCAUCUUUCUUUCUUUCUUUCUUUCUUUCUUUUCCAUCUUUCUUUCUUUUCUUUCUUUCUUUCUUUCUUUCUUUUUUCUUUCUUUCUUUCUUUCUUUCUUUCUUUCUUUCCUUUCUUUCUUUUUUCUUUUUUCUUUCUUUUCCAUCUUUCUUUUCUUUCUUUCUUUCUUUCUUUCUUUCUUUCAUCUUUUCUUUUCCAUCUUUCUUUUUUUCUUUUCUUUUUUCUUUCUUUCCAUCUUUUUUCUUUCCUUCUUUCUUUCUUUCCAUAUUUCUUUUCUUUCUUUUUCUUUCUUUUCUUUCCAUCUUUUUUCUUUUCUUUCUUUCUUUCUUUCUUUCUUUUUUUUUCUUUCUUUCUUUUUCUUUCUUUCUUUCUUUCUUUCUUCUUUCUUUCUUUCUUUCUUUCUUUUUCUUUUUUCUUUCUUUUCUUAAAAACAAGUUUGAAAUUGUUUCCUCUUUCUUUCUUUCUUUCUUUCUUUCUUUCUUUCUUUCUUUAUUUCUUUGGCUUAUCCUUCUCAUUAUUCUUUCUUUUCUUCUUUCUUUCUUUCUCUAUUUCCUCCUUUCUUUCAAUCGCUUUUUCUCUCUUUCUUUCUUUCUUUCUUUGUUUUUUUCUAAAUUCUUUCUCUCUGUCUCUUUCUUUCUUUCUCUAUUUUUCUCUUUCUUACUUUCUUCUUUCUUUAUUUAUUACUUGCUUUCUUACAUUCAUUCUUUCUUUCUUUCUUUCUUUCUUUCUUUCUUUCCCUCUCUUCUUUAUUUGGAUUUAUUUUUAUAA